AUGAAUGAUAAUAAUUCAAUUGAUUCCGAUAUAAAAUUGAUAAAUUCUCAUUUAAAUUCAUCAUCGACAAGACUUUCAGGUUUACAAUCUCUCAUCGAUUAUUUACCUAAUUGUUCUGAUGAUAAUUUUUCCGAAUAUUGUGUCAGUUGGAUGCAAAAUUGUUGUAAAACUGAUUCAUCCUCCGAGAAUGCUAACUACGUUGUAGAUUUACUAAGUACGCUUUUAAAAACUUCAUACAGGUUUCCAGAGCUUAAUAAAAGCGUGUCAUUUUUUAUAUCGAAUAGAUUUUUCGAUCAUUUUUUUAAACAUUUUAGUGAUUUACCAAAUGGAUGGAAUUGUGCUAAAAUUUGUUUUUUAUAUUACAGAGGUCCCUGCGGAUCAUCUCAGAUAUCUGGUGAUGUUUCCGAUUGUUUAGCUUUGUUACCUAGCCUCGGAGGCGGUGGAAAUGAUGGAAUUAAUUAUCAAAACAAUUGGAAAAAUCAAUUCACUUCUAACAUUUAUAUUUGUCAUUCGAUAUUAAAUGAUUUAUUUGUUGAUAUCGAAGAACUGCAGACUUACGAUACGAAGAAAUUUGAGUACGCCUGCGAAAAUAAACAUCCAUCUUUUCAAUACUUAUCAAAUUUGUUAUAUAAUCAUUGCAAAGUUCUCAAUUCAAUGCUCUUAUGUAGUUAUCCUACUUUGAAAUCCAUUCCAACGGAUCACAUAUUAGAACUCGUUUGUAGAGGAUUGGCUGUCAAUCCGUCAGUUUUAGGAAAAAAUGAAACAACAUCAAUUAUUUCUCUUAAAAAUGUUUUGCCAGAGAUUCACGAUGCUCUCCUCAAUUUAUUAAAUUCUUUAAUAACAACUUGUAGGAAUUUGUUACUCCCAUAUUCGUACCUCAUUUACAAAUUAAUCAAACAAACAUUAGAAUGGACGCAAACUAAUUUCUUAACGUUGAACGAAAGCAUUUUUAACAGUUUGAGAAUAUCUGCAUAUGAUGUUUUAUGCAAUUGGUUAGUUGCCACAAAAUGCGGUAGUUCAAUCGAUAAAAUAUCAAAUUUGAUCAUAUCUCAGAUAAUCAAAGAUAUUGAAUGUAAAAAAAAUUCAAUCACGUUAAAAGGGAAAAAAUCAAAACAAAAAUACCCGGAUAAAAAGAAAAAAAUUAAUUUAAAAGUUGAAAUAUUCGAAGAUGGUUCACUUUGUUAUGCUGCUCUUAAGGCACUCCAAUAUUUUCUUAAAUUUUGUGGCGUUCUCUUAAAACCGGAAGAUCAAAAGUUUUUGCAAGAAACUAUAUUGAAAUUGCUUAUAAAUAUACAAAAUAGUUCAUUCGUCGAAGUUUUACCACCCUAUUAUUUACCAUAUUGUAGAAAAGAAUUGUAUUCGGUUUUAUUAGAACUCGUCGUUCAGCCAUCACCAAAAUGGCCGCCACCCAUUCACCACGCCGUACGUUUAUUUAAAAACGGGCAAAAUGACGAUUGUUUGGAAAUCGUUGCAUUUUGUUCGUCUGCAUUAAACUCGAUCACAGCCGUUAUUCAUCAACAAUAUUCGAACGGUUUGAUAUUCAUUUCCGAAGAAAACAAUCGAAAGAAACAGAAUAAUAAUAAAGUGAUUAAUUUAAUGGCGAAAGAUGUUGAUGGUGGAGUCGAAAAUGAAUCAGAAAAUGGUAAUGACGAAGAAGUAGAAAUUGAAAGAGGUGAUAAUUGUGAGGAGGUUCAAGAGAGGGAAAAAGAAAAGGAGGAUCGUUCUCGAGUUCCUGAAAAUGUUGAUGAAACCAUUCCGGGAGAAGAAUGUGAUUUGGAUGAUGAUCAAAGAGAAAAAUUUCAAGAAAUUGGUUGUGGAAAAGAACCGUUAGAAAAUAAUGGUGAUGUUAUUGAAAUAGAAGGAAAUAAUGAAAAUGUUUGUUUACAACCAGAAUUAAAAGAAAGUCCUCGUAAAUUACCUUUGGUGAUGCCACAAGGCGAAGAAAAUAGUACGACGAGUGAAAUUGAAGAUGGUACAAAUAAUACAAACAAAUCCUUGCACCGAGAAAAAGAUUCACCCAAUAAAGAAUUAAUGGAUGAAAACGGUGAAGAAGAACCGAAAACGAAAAAAAUGAAAAUUUCUCAAUUUGGGGAUUUGAACGUGUCAUCAUCUAAUUCAUCAUCAAGAUCACAAUCAUCCAGCAAAUUGUCCGAACCGGAAAACGUUAGCGUGGAUGAAGAGGAUGACAUUAUAAUAUGCGAGGUGGUGAAUAAAAGGAGUCCAGAACUUCCGGCGGAAAAUGAACAAUCGCUUCGACAAAGUGAAAAAAGAAAAAGCAAAAGGAGGAUAAGGGAAAAAAGUGCUUCGGAUGAUUCCAAUAGUGAAAAAAGUGUAACUCCCGGUCCCGUUGAUACCAGUUACGAAAAUUGUAAAACGGGAGAUUCUAAAAAACGUUACUUUUUAAGAUCUAAAACGGGUCAAAGUUCAUCUGAAGAACCCGAGGAAUUACUUAAAAAAGCAGAAAGUUUAGAAUCGUUAAAAAACACUCCGUUUAAAGAUGGAGGAGGGAAAAGUACACCCAGUAGUAGUGGGGGGUUAAGCGUAUCGAGAAGACCGAGAACAAGAGCAUUGUCGAAAUUAAAAUUAGAUGAAAAUGAAAGUGAAAUAAAAACCAUAAAACUUUGUGGAGAUGAUGAUGAAGAUAUCAUAGAGUCUUUUAACGAGUCCUUAGUUGAAUAA